AUGGCGACCAACAAUGCAUAUGUCAACGGAAUUUUGAAUGUUAGAGAACAACUUCAAAAAUGCUGGGUGGCAGAUUUGGAUUGGAGUCUCUUACCCGAAAACGUAGGAAAGGUAAGGAAUGCAACAACACAUGCAGUAACAUUUAGAAAUUUGCCUUGCCAUGACAAAUAAUUGAAAGUGACUUUCCAAUAGACGACCGCAUGGUCAGACCUUCCGAGACCAGAUCACGUAAUUUCAACAGUUACUUAUUUCGAUCAACGGUAAGCUCGUUUUAAGAUAACAAAGAAGAUUCAUAGUACUUGACCAACAAUCGAAAGGGAUAAUACCAACAAUAAAUGUCCAUGACAGAUGUAUUUCGAGAAUUUCGGAAAGUCAGAUGCGUUAUCUUUCAACAAGUUUUCCCUUCACCGCACGACUACUUGCUUCAGAGUGAACCCGGCUCUAAAAAGCCAUUUGAUGUCCAGUUCUUAAAAAAAACUUUCUCAACAUUGCAGGGGUGUCUUGCUGUUGCAAAACUAUUGUGUGUACCACCCUUGGCCGUUUUAUCAGGCAUCCUAUCACUUCUCUCAUUUGCCAUGGCACACGCCGAGGUACAUGUUCCAAAUACCAAGUGGACCGAACCAGGCAUACUUUGGCUGGCAAUCGGCAUGCCUACAGGUACGUAACUGUAGUAUAAAUUCUACUUCUAUCCUUUUUCUAUCCAGUUGUUAGAAGCCCGAUUUUAGAUGGGGAAGUUUAACCCAGGAUUACACUAAAUUUAAGGUUUUCUUGCCUGAGAUAAUGCAACUCGAGGCUACAAAAUACUGUUGGGCCGGCCUUUACUACCACAUAAAGUAAUGAUAACCCAAAAUUUUACCCUCAGUUAUGGAUAUGAAUGUGCAUUAGGAACACGCAAUACAAUUUUAAUCCUGGAUUAAUCGGCCUUUCAGAACCGGACCCCGGAGUUACAUAUAACCCGCGUUUCCUUGUCUUCUGUUCAAAAGCAUUUUGUCGAAUAAUUUACCUUGUUAUUUUUGUAUCUUGCAAUAAACAACUUGAACUCCAAAACAUUUACAACUGAAAUGGUUUUCAACUUAAAAGCUUCAAUAUCUCAAUUCAAAUCUCGUGUCCUUGGGUUGUCUCACCAAAAAAAAAAGGCACUUUCCGAAAGUCAGAACUUACCGACCGGACCGGGACCCUGGCCGAACCGCUCAAUUUGAAAAUGAAAUACGCUUUUUCCAAGAGUAUUUAAUGAGAAACGAUUUCCAUUUUGUAUACUAUUUUGGUUAUGACUGAUCUGGCUGGACAGCUUUGAUUAAUAAUGGUAAUUGAACUAAGCGGAGUCCAAUUUGGUCUGAAAUCAUACGCGUGAUUCACAAGUAGACCAAAAUUGCACGACACGAAGUUCAAUUACCACUUUAUUACAUCCAUUUUAAAAUCGCAGAAUUUAGUCAGUACUAAUAUUUUAUUGAUCGAGUAGCCGGUUUGUUAAAAAGCCGAAACAAAAAGGCUUUACAUCUCAUUUUGUAUUCGAAACAGAAAUGAUGCGAUAUAUAGAGCAAAAAUAGUGCGAUUUAAAACAGAAAUGAUGCGAUUUAUAUAACAUGAAUGACGCGAUUUGGAACAGAUACGAUUUAGAGCAAAAAAUGGUGCGAUUUAGGAAUAAAUCACACUGCUGAGAGCCAAUCAGACUGCACGGAUAGCCAGUGAUUUCAAAGUGGAUGUAAUAAAAAAGUCAACUUUCAUUACAACGGAAAUGGCCUUGCUGGUCAUGAAAACCAGGUUUGAUAACUCGGCCCAGAUUCCUUAGUUGUCAAGGUAACCUACCGGGUCAGAUCAAAGGACAUCAUCAACCGUCCAUUUUAAUGCGAUGCAAAAAAAAAAAAACACACGGUAAAGUGACCGACUGACAGUAACUUCCUUUAUAAGGAACCAGCCCAAAAAGGUAACCAUUUAUCAGGCAUUUAUCUUUAAUCGAUUGAUAGGCAAAUUAAGCAACAACGCCGGUAACAGCUAAGAAACGUCCCUCAAAACUAAUUUGGGCUCACUCAAACUUUAUCGCGCUUCCCAUUUGAUUCGUCAAAUUGCCACUUUCUGGUUUGCAAUUAUAAGUCACUGUAUCAAGUUCAAGAAAAAAAAAAAAGGUUCUCUUCCUGUGUUACUAUGAUAAGAAAAAAUGAAAUUACACACUUUGAUGUCUUCGCCGAGCAACAACGUUAAGCAAUGUGCAAACAAGCGUGCUGUGCGUGCAAAUUUCUAUUUGACCGAUCUAAUCCUACUGUUUUUUCCGCUCUUUGCUGCUAGGAAAUAUAUACCUAGAUUGCACACAAAUAGCAAGCUAAGUCCUUUUAACUAGUCUGUACUUCAUUCAUCAAAUGGUCGAUUUGUUAAGAAGACAUAUAUAGUGUCCAUACUGAUAGUGAAUGGAACAUAAUCACACAUCGGGGAACUAAUCAAAAGGCAGGGAUCUCCAGUGACUACACGUGAAUAUAAUAAAACCAAAUGCCUUGAUAGUUAUAGUUUUGCAGAGAUAGGAAGGGGACUUACAAGCCUCAAAAUAAGCUCUGACUUGCUGAAAGGAUAUACCUUUCUAUUACUCUUUGUUUCAUCUACAAUUCCAAUGAUCAGCGGAGAUUUUUCAACACAAUGGCAUGCAAUUACUGUGGGAAUGGGGAGGGAACAUGAGAGAAAAAAGAAUAUUUUGAGCUAUAAUUUUUUUUUUGAUGGAAGUCUUUCUUAAAGAAGUUGUAGCACUCUUAGCUCAACCUUUCAAGCUAAGAUGAAACUGUAUGUAAAUUUUAUACCCAAACAGAAAUAUAAUUUUCUUAAUCCUUUUUUGUUUUAAAUUGUGUACAAAAAUUUUGCUUCAACUAUUCUGUAUAUUUAUCAAUUAUUAACAGACGGGAAGUUAAUAUUUCAAAAGUAGGUUGAGUUUGAUCAUCCGGGUGAACAUAGUCCUACAACAGUCCUUUUCAGGACUCAUCACCCGGACAAUCUAACUCGACCUACUUUUGAAAUGACUCGUGGGUGCAAACCUUUCACAGAAGUUAAUAUUGUUGAACAAUCCCAAGAUGAAGUCAAUCAAUCUUACAAUUUUUUACUAUAUAAAUUCCUAAAUAUUGGUUUUUUGAAAACCCUUUUUUUAUCCACAACAUUUAUCCAAACCGAAUACCUCUACAUUGCCUGAGGUUCAGUCCCAUAUAGAAGGAUCUAAAUACCUAUACGCUAGCAAGCAAUAGGGAAUACUUCUUUUGCUGAAGCAGACAAAAAAAAAGGACCUUUCACGAAACCAAAACCUUUUGAUCAUACCAGGCUUGUAACAUGUUAUUUAAAUUUGAAAUGUUUUUGUUAUCUUUUGGGAAUGCUUGGUAACUAUCAUUGACCUUUCAUUCAAUAAUACAGAGCUUGUAUUAAUAAUAUUUUUUUCUAGUUGAGGGUAAUUACUCACAUACACUAGGUUUUAGUUAGCAAACUGGAACGAUAUUAGACAUUGAACAAAUACAUUUGGUGAACUGAUUAAUACCAUUUCCACAUUACACCAAAUUGUGUUGAUUCAAUAAGCAUUUUGUGUCACAGAGACACCUUCUCUGACUAUAAGUAGCUAAGAGUUGUAAAAUAAAUUUAUUAUUGCAUCCUCCCUAAGUGAUGAUGAUCACAACAACAACUGGAAAUUUAUACUGCGUAUGUUCUACAUAAAUUUGACAAUCCUGAUUAUGUUAUUUUUCAGGCACUGGAAAGUCCACAAUUUAUCGCUACUUAAUUAACCUUUUACAAAAAGUGAGAACAAGACUUGAGACUGAAGAAGACGCCAUUGUAGUGAAAAAUUGGUUACUUAGUGACCAAACAUUUGAAAAGUUGGGAGAACUGAUGAGUCAGAAUGACUGUAAAGCUUUUGGCUUAUAUGAUGAACUCACUAACUGGCUUUCUCAAGUGAACCUGUACAGUGGCAAUAAAGGGUUGUUGGACACCCAUGAAUUUACCAAAGUCUUGGAGCUGUUCAGUGGUGGGGAAUGGACGAGGCAAACAGGUUCGUGUAGAUGACUCAUAUUGUUUUCAUUCAAAAUUAUUUUAUACAAAUAACUUGUCUAGUAUAUAGUCACAUCUACCAAAACCAAAACAAAUACCAUUUUAUUUCAAUCUAAGUAUCAAAUCAUCUUCUCUUCAACACUAGACACCCAUAUAUAGAGGUAAACAUGAUAUUUUUGAGGAACACAUUCACAGUCGUAAUUUGGCUAUCAUUUUGUCAUUUCAAGUGUGUACAAAGACCCUGUCCAAACCCAAAUUAGUCUAUACUAUUACUUUCAAAGACAAACCCAGAGUCAUCUAAAUACCUUAGAAACAAAUCUCAACCCAUAAAGCUGUCAAAAGUGCUUUCAUCAUUUACUUGCUUCAUGCAUACCAGUCCCAUCAAGAAUUGACACAUGCAUACACUGACCUUAUUAGAAUAUUAUUAAUAUAUAUUUGGUGCUUCCAGUUGCAGGGAAUGCCAACUUUAAGAUGCCACGAACAUGUUUGACACUGUGUGGCAUGACGCAGCCAGCAACAGCUCUACCCUUAAUUGUGGACAAAGCUAAUGUUGAUAAAGGCCUCGCGUCUCGUUUCCUAUGGGUUUUUCCUAAACCAGUUUUUGAAGACUUCAAAUCAAUUGAGCUCGAUGCCAAUGAAGAAUGCACCCAAUCUGCUGCAGAAUUUUCCACACUCAUUGGUAAGGCAUAAUAAUUACUUCCUACCGUAGCCCUAAAACUACUAAAUAAUAUUUCAAUGAAUUUUUGAUGUAGGUGUGGAUUUGAAAAUAGAUUAGACAUAUCUAAUUCAUUAAUAAUUCUAGUAGCAACAGAAGGUGGAACAUUACCGAAGAAUAUUUCCCAUCUUAUCAAGUGUUUGACACUUGCUUUGAUUUAUAUAGGGUCACUAAUUUACAUAGCAAUAUCUCGAAGAAUACAAGAAUUACUUUGAAUCAGGGAAGGUUUGAGUUAGUGGGCUAAACUGUUGACAAUGUAUUACUUUGUAGAAAACCUGUUGGUCAUGAUAAUGAGAUCAAAGGAGAAUACAGAGGACAGGACAGAAGCAGCCCAAUUUGAACUAGAAAUAACUGACCAGAGGAUAUUUCCUAAAGCCUAUGACGAAUGCCAAGCUAUUUUGAAGAAAUACUGCUUGGAAGAUCCUUUUUUGUGUGGUAAGAACAAUUCAUUAUAUUUCUAGCCAUGUAUAUUUCUUGUUUAUAAUGCUAUCAACAUUUAAAGCACCCAAUCUAAUUAAAAAUUCUUAAGGGAAUUUAUACUUAUUUUUAUAAAGUGAAAAAAUAAGUAUUUCUGCUAAUAAGUUAAAAUAAAAGGAACAAAAAUCACUUAAGUCACAGGAAUGUAAAUAGUACCAAGGUUACAGUUAAGUGACAAGCUGCAGAGAAAUAUCACUAUCUGACAAUUUCAACAUUCAUGAAAUAAUAACCACCUGAAAAGAUAUAUCACAACAACUUCAUGCGGGUAAACAAGAGUAACAAUAUUGUUCUCUUUCUUGUUAUUGUUUGUUUAGCUCUAUAUUCAAAAGCAAAGGGACAGUACCUCCGCCUCGCUCUUCCCCUACAUGCCCUAUUUACACAGCAACCACUGCCAGAUGAUAUACCACGGGUCAUUCCAGAGAAAGUCCAAAUGGCAGCCAUAAACAUGGUCAAGCUUUGUAUCCAGCACACUGGCUUGCUUGCAGGUCGUAAUGUUCACUCAGACCAAGGAAUUGUUGAGGAAUCCAUGCUUACAAUAGGCCUUGAAGUAACACCACCUCAAACUGAUGAUGAGAAGUUGCAGCAGCAAGUCAUAAUGUUCCCUGGACAAGUCAUCAGCGGCUCUAGAAUGACCUUACUUAACAAGUUUCGGCUGGGUGGAGGAAAGGCAAAGGUCAUGAUGAUAUUUAACACCCUAAAACAAAAGGGGCUUGGCUCCGUAACACAUGGAAAGAACCGAGUAAGUAUUUAUCUU